CACUGCUCCUUGUGACCGUCACCACCCUUAACACCAACACUGCUCCUUGUGACCGUCACCACCCUUAACACCACCAACAACAACAACUUACUGACGCUCUCCCCGUCGCUCAUGUUCUUUUUCACCUAUUUAACGGAAAGAGAGUGCCUAUAGCAGGAAGCUGACAUGGAUGGUGGACUCUUGUGCCUCAAAUGGAGGGAUCAUCGCUCCACAUUUUUCCGCAUGCUCUCAUCUGUUCGGAAAAAAGAAAUUUAUUGCGAUGCCACCAUAGCCUGUGAUGGAAAAUUCUACCCUGUUCACAGACUUGUUCUGUCAACAUGUAGUGAGUUUUUUGAAAGAAUGUUUGAAGUGGCAGACAACAAACACCUCAUGAUCGUUCUGACGGACAUCCAACACGAAUACUUAGAGACACUCUUGGAUUAUAUGUAUAUUGGUGAGGUGAAUGUCUUGCAGAGUGACCUCUCAAGUUUUAUGAAGGCUGCCGAGUGCCUCAAGAUCAGAGGGCUUGCUGAGCCCUCAGAGACAAACCCCAGAAAAGAAUGUGCUGAUAGUAAAAGAAAUAUGCCUCAGAGAGAGGACGGUUGGGAGAUAAAGCGCAGGAGGCAGAAUGAUGAUUUGCCAGUGAACUCUAAGCCGGAGACCAAGUCGAGUCUGGGGGGCAAUUCACUCGACAAUUUGAACUCAGCGAAAGUGCCACCAAGAAGCAGAACAUCAUGCGGUGAACCCAAGAGGGGAAGAGAUCCAUCUCUUGGACAUACCAAGAUCAACAACAUACCAGCAUCAGGGAUUGUCUCCCCUGCUCAGUUAGCACUAGCUGAGCUGGCCUCAGAGAAACAGGCUGGCUCCAGCUCCAACCUCACAUCUUCGCUAUCAAAGGAUCAUGACAACGACAGUUCCAUUAGUCACGACACUGAAUUAUCAGACUGUAAAAGUUCUCAGGUCAAGUUUGAAGAUGUAAAUGUAAAGGAAGAGCCGGAGGACUGGCCGCAGGCAGAGAGUAAUGAAGACCCACAAUUGUUCAGGUUCUCGGACCCAGGGUUGGCGUAUCUGGCAAAUGCGUCUACUUUACCCUUGCCCGUGCAGGGUAUCAGCCAGACAACACAGGCACAGACGGGUCCCCUUGAGCAUUCUGCCCACCCUCUACCUGGACCUUCAGGAUUACAUUCUGUAAGUUUUGUGCUUGUAAUAUAUUAGGAUAGUAAGACUCUU